AUCCUGCAGGCCUUCGAUCCAGCAACAAGCGAGCCAGGCGCAAUUCGAUGGCCGUCCCACGCUUCUGCCGCGCUCCCCUGUUGGGGUUCCUGUUCCUCCUCGCUGGUGGCCUCUCCUUAGCGGCUCCCGAGGGUGCUCGAAUCACGUCCGUUCCGGGAUUCACUGGAACGCUCCCCUCUGAUCACUAUGGCGGGUACGUGACGAUAGAUGAAGAACAUGGGAAGAAGCUCUACUACUACUUUGUGCUCUCGGAGGGGAACCCUUCCGAGGAUCCGCUGGUGCUGUGGCUCAAUGGUGGGCCGGGAUGCUCCAGCUUUGAUGGAUUCGUGUACGAGCAUGGUCCAUUCAAUUUUGAAUCUGGGAACAAUAGCCUCCCAAAGCUACAUCUUAAUCCUUAUAGCUGGUCAAAGGUAUCUAAUAUCCUCUAUUUGGACUCUCCAGCGGGAGUUGGACUGUCCUACUCUAACAAUAUCUCAGAUUAUGUCACUGGUGAUCUGAAGACAGCUUCUGAUUCACACAAGUUCCUUUUGAAGUGGUUUCAGUUAUACCCUGAGUUUCUAGCAAAUCCAUUUUACAUAUCUGGGGAGUCUUAUGCUGGAGUUUAUGUUCCAACUCUUUCUUAUGAAGUUGCUCAAGGAAUCAAGUCUGGAGUAGAGCCUAUUCUAAAUUUCAAGGGUUACAUGGUUGGAAAUGGCGUUGCUGAUGAUGUGUUUGAUGGAGAUGCUCUUGUUCCAUUUGCAUUUGGAAUGGGACUUAUAUCAAGCGAUUUGUUUCAGGAAGUUAAUAAUUCUUGUAAUGGAAGUUACUGGAAUCCAACAGAUGAGAAUUGUAAAAGCCAGCUAGACAAAGUUGAUAAGGUACUUGAUGACCUUAACAUCUAUAAUAUCCUGGAACCCUGCUAUCACAGUUCUGAAAGCAGUGAACUUGCACUUCGUAAUGACAAAUUGCCUUUGAGUUUCAGAAGAUUGGGUGAGACCAAUAGGCCUUUACCUGUUCGAAAAAGAAUGUUUGGUCGUUCUUGGCCUUAUAGAGCACCAGUCAAACAAGGUCGUAUCCCUACCUGGCCAGAACUUGGACUUGGAAGUGAAACAGUUCCCUGUACGGAUGAUCAAGUUGCAACUGCAUGGCUGAAUGAUGAAUCAGUGAGAUCAGCAAUUCAUGGCGAGAUGGAAAGCAUAACAGGACCAUGGGAACUAUGUACAGACAAGAUUACCUUCUACAGUGAUGCUGGAAGCAUGAUCAAGUAUCACAAGAACCUAACUGCUAUUGGUUAUCGUGCACUCAUAUUCAGCGGUGACCAUGAUAUGUGUGUGCCUUUCACCGGUACUGAAGCAUGGACUAGAUCACUCGGCUAUGGAAUUAUUGAUGAAUGGAGGCCUUGGUAUGUUGAUGCUCAAGUUGCUGGAUACACCCAAGGGUACGGGCAUGAUCUUACCUUUCUCACCAUAAAGGGAUCUGGUCAUACUGUUCCUGAAUACAAGCCAAAAGAGGCAUUGGCCUUCUACACACGUUGGCUGUCUGGCACAAGCAUUUGAACAAAUUGUUUUGCAUUUGUUUCCUAAUUCUACCUCGAUGCAACGAUGGAGUUUGCCUCGAUUUAGUACUUAACCUAUCACCUGGCCAACCUCGCACUAACUUGGAUCUGUUUAUGUUAGUGUUCUCUUUCUUAAAUAAUGCAAUGGUAAACUGGUUUAUGAAGAAGAUUCUUGCCUCAUCACUCAA